GUAAUGAUGCUGAAUAUUCAGCUUUGCUAGGAAUAAAUUAUAUUAAAAAUAUAGCCUAUUUAAAAAGAAAACAAUUCAUUUAAAUUGUAAUAGUAUUUUUUAUAAUAUUACUGUUUUUACUGUAUUUUUGAUCAGUUCAAAUAAAUACAACCUUGCUGAAUAUAAGACACUUCUUUCAAAAACAUUAAAAAAAAUCUUAUUUAUUCCAAACUUUUGACUGCUAGUGAAUAUGUGUAUUUUACCAUUUCUGGUGUUUCAUCUAACAUUACUUUGCCCCAUUGAGUCAUGCAAACUAGCUAUAUAGAACACACAAAGUCCGCUGAACUCAUACACUUAGGUAUGCUGUGCUGUAAUCAAUGUAUUGCUCAACUUCCCCUGAUAAGACCUUCUCCUGCCCAUGGGCUCGGUCAUAUAAAGUCCUGAGAGAGAUAACCAGCAUUUCUCAAAUUCUUCACUCAGACACCCAAACGUGAGCAGCCAUGCCAUCCGAACUAGAGACCGCCAUGGAGUCCCUCAUCAUGGUAUUCCACCGCUACGCUGGAAAAGAGGGCAAGAGCGGCACCCUGACCCGCCGUGAACUCCGAACCCUGAUGGAGAACGAGCUCUCUGGGUUUCUCAAGUCUCAGAAGGAUCCAACUACCAUAGACAGAAUUAUGAAGGACUUGGAUGCCAAUGGAGAUGGGGAGGUGAACUUUGAGGAGUUUGUGUCUUUGGUUGUGGGUUUAUCCAUCGCUUGUGAGGCGUGCUAUAGAAUGCAGUUAAAGAAGACACAGAGCUGGAAAUGAUCCAUGCAGACAAACUGUAAAGUUGAUCCCGUUGUCUAUUAAAAUAUGUUUUUUACUUUUCUUUUGAA